AUGGCCCCAUUCAACAGGAGCAGCUUCAAUCCAGCCCUCUUCACCCUGACGGGCAUUCCAGGGCUGGAAGAGUACCACAUCUGGAUGAGUAUCCCUUUCUGUACCAUCUACUUUGUGGCCAUUGCAGGUAACUCCAUCCUGCUGUACCUCAUCACCAUACAGCAUAGCCUGCAUGCACCCAUGUUCUAUUUCCUUGCUAUGUUAGCAGUCGCUGACCUUGUCUUAUCUACCACGUGUGUUCCCAAAACCCUCAGCAUAUUCUGGCUUGGCCCUCAGGAAAUUGCCUUCCCCAGCUGCCUCACUCAGUUGUUUUUCCUCCACUAUAGCUUUGUCCUGGACUCCGCCAUCUUGUUAUCAAUGGCAUUUGACCGUUAUGUGGCCAUCUGUUCCCCCCUGAGAUAUACAGCCAUCCUGACCCCCCGAGUCAUUGUCAAGAUUAUGGUGGGAAUCUCCUUCAGGAGCUUCUGUGUUUUUGUCCCAUGUGUUUUUCUGGUAAAAAGACUGCCUUUCUGCCGUACACACGUUAUCCACCACACAUACUGUGAGCACAUUGGUGUGGCCCGGCUUUCUUGUGCUGACAUCUCCAUUGAUAUCUGGUAUGGUUUUGCUGUGCCAAUUAUGACUGUGAUUUCAGAUGUGGUCCUUAUUGCCAUCUCCUACACACUCAUUCUGAAAGCUGUCUUUUCCCUCCCAUCUCGUGAUGCUCAUCAGAAGGCUCUAGGCACCUGUGGCUCCCACGUCUGUGUCAUCCUCAUGUUCUACAUACCAGCCUUCUUCUCUAUCCUUGCCCACCGCUUUGGGCACAAUGUACCUCUCACAUUCCACAUUAUGUUUGCCAACCUCUAUGUGGUCAUCCCACUUGCCCUCAACCCAAUUGUCUAUGGAGUGAAAACAAAACAGAUAAGAGAAAGGCUUUCCUCUUGUUCUCUCUGA